CAGGAAUGGAAGGAGCUGAAAUUAAUAAGUCAUUAUUGGCAUUGAAGAAUGCAUCAGAGCACUUGGCCGGAGAGGAGCCCAUCUUCCUUUCAGAGCUAGCAAACUAACUCAGGUUCUACGAGACUCCUUCAUUGGCGACAAGUCAAGGACAUGCAUGAUCGCGAUGAUCAGCCCGGGCAUGAGCUCGUGUGAGCACUCGCUGAACACACUGCGCUACGCGGACCGCGUGAAGGAGCUGGCGGCCACCGACCCAGUGGAGGGGGGCAAGGGGGGCAACUACAGUGAUGGCGAGGGCAGUGGCAGAGAGGGUGGCGGCGGCAACCUGGAUGAUAGUGACUUGGCCACCUUACGCUCUCUCAAUGAGGGUGAACUGUCAGCCGACCUGUUGACAUUCCACGAGGCAGUAUCACAGCUGCAACUGCAAGAGGAGGAGCUGCUCGAUUCACACAAAGCUCUGGUCACCGAGUUCAUUCCCGACUGGCGCGAGAGGCAUGCAAGGUUGCACGCCAUGACACGCAACGUCGACUACGAUCAAGAUGCAUACUCGUCCGAACUGGAGGCAUUGGCCAUGGAGGAGAUUAACACGAAUAUGAAUUUUCUGAAGAAGGUUCAGGCAUUCCGAAAACAGCUGGUAGCCGAAGAGCAGUUCAGCAAGAACAUUAAACCGAAAACCAACCAAUAAAUUGAACUGUCAAGAGUCCUACAUCACCGUCGAUGUGUUUAACUAUUUAUUUAUUCUAGUAAAUAUAAUCAUCCAUUCUAUCGAGCGCCCCUACUUGGUUCCUUAUGGAAUGCUUAGUGAUUAUGAAUCACAUUGAAAACCAAUGGCUUGGAUUGCUUGCAAUCUGGCAAAUCUGAAAUUCUAUGACUACUUCCUUAAUAAAUUAUUUCAAUCUAUAUUACUACUGUUUGUAAAUUACAUGAAAUGUGAUGAGUUAGACACUUGUAUAAAUAUUUUGAGUAAGUAAAACUGACUACUACUUUCACUGAGUCGUGAUAUUUAGAUAAAUUUAUGUUAAAGAUCAGAAUCUUCACUGAUCAUAUCGAAUGUGAAAUGAAUAAUAAAUUACUGGGAAUGAACAACUAAAUAUAUACUUAAUAUUUAAUCUUUCAGCUUUACUAGGAGCUAUUCAACCAUUUUUGUGUUGCAAUGCUUUUUCUAUGCAUGGAAUAGAAUUCUACAAACAUAAAUUUCAAAGCAAGCCAUAAGUUACCAAUAGUUUUGACAUCGGUUCACUCUCAUCUUGAUAGUGGUGAUAAAAAUGCUAGAAUCAACCAAAAUUGCUGAUUUUACGAAACUCUUGAUAUUUAAUUUAUUAAUUAUAGUUUUUAUUCUGUGUUUUAUAUGAAAUAUUGUAUGUGGACUGCUCUAAGAUAUUAGAAAUUUAAAAAGUAGCUGUAUUUAAUGUUUUAUUGUUUGUUGAGUUUGAACUGAAAAUUAGAAUUAAAUUGAAAUAUACGCCUUAAUAUUUUUAACUAUAUUGACAGUUGAGUAUCAUCUUACUAAUUUUCGCUUUUAUAUUUGUACUCAUACUGUAUAAUAAAUUCCAGUUAUAAUAUUUUUUAUAUAUCAGUAACAAUUUAAAAGAGAAUAAUAAAUUGAUCAGUCACUUUGAUAACACAAUUUUGUUAUUAAUACCAAUAAUGGAAAUUCAUAUUUGUUCUUUAUUUUAUUGUUAGUCAAUAGAUAAAUCAUUUUCAUGAACGAUAACAGAAGUUACUACUCUAUCUAUUCAAUAAAUUCAGAUUAUUCACGUUUACAUCUAGAAUCCUAGUAUACCAGAUUUUCUCGUGAAAAUAUAAUAUCCAUUUUUGAAUCCAAUCUGUUUCCCAGCAUGAACUUGAAUCCAUAUAUUAGCGUGAAAACAAUAUCUUUGAAGAAUGCGUGAACGAUUGUUCACUAUAAAGUUUCUGUAUUAUACUGAGGAACAAGCUUCAGCAUAGUUUGAGGCUUUCUAUUAUAAUAAUUUGUACAGGUUUGAUAUUUCAUGAACUUACCUCAAAUUAUCCAGCACAGUGAACUCAUUGACUCCUGUACUUAUUGAGUGUAAUCUGGUUCACCGAUUCAUUAUAAUUUUUAAAAGAUUUCACCAGAAUAUUUCCAUAGAUUCUUGAGCAUCUAUAUGAUUCCUACUUUUCAAAUGCCUUAUUUUACAUUUAGCUUAAUUUCUGUUGUGUGUAAUCAUCGUCAAGAUAUUGUUGAACUGAGUGUUUGAUUGUUUAUUUUUAUACAAAUCUGGAAGAGAUUAUUAAUGUGCAAGUGAUAAUAACAAUGUUUGUUCAACCAAAAUUGCUGAUUUUACGAAA